UCCGGGCUUUCAGGUAAAAAGCCACAAGUGAUCAAGCGCAGCCGACGUCCUAUGCCAAUGAAGGAAAUCAAACCGAGUUUACUCCGCCCUGAUCGCGGAGAAGCUCGAGGCGGAGACGCAUAGUCUUGGUAAUAUAAAGCCGCCCGUACCCCAAGAUCCACACCCCGCCUUCAUCGAUGCGGGACUACAUAUGUAAACAUUCCACACAUCUGUUCGUUGUCUCGCUGAACAAAAUAAUUGCAACAAUUAUGUCUUUCACUGAUUCUCACCAGGAUUUCGGCGCCAAACGACUCGACAAGCCAGUGGUUCGUCUCGUUGACUUCUCGGACAACACGGUAGUCCGACAAGUAUCAACGAUGCUCCGGAGGCUGUGGCUUGUAGACCCGCCUCUCACAGACGAGGAGCUCCUGCAAGAGACCACCCUCAAAGAAUGUUUCCAGUCCAUCACACAGGCAAUUGGAAACGGAAUCUCGGAUGACCCCGAAGAAACAAGGUGGGACCACAGCUACUGGUUGUCGCACACCGAGCUCCGAGUACUUAACCCGGCAGCAUUGGCCGCAGCGGAGCCAUACGAUGUGAGGAGUGUCGUGUCUCCAUGGCGAUCGGAGAUUUACGAGAUUUACAAGCACGUCUUCAUUGACCUGUGGCGGAUGUUGAAGGAGACAUCCGGGACGAACAAGUUCGCGGCGUUCGACCCAAGCAAGGAAGGAUCCGUGACUCUUGGCGUCCUCAAACCCGAGAAGCUGAAAGCUGACAAAACAGCCUUCCGUACUGAUACUUUCCUCUACCCGGUUUGGAUCAACCCCAAGGCCAACAUUACCUUCAGCGUUGAAGGGAACGAGCAUGUCUGGUCAGAUGUUGAGCCCUCGGCAUGGACCAAGGGGCUGUGGGCCGAAGGCGAGAAGGAAAUCACGAUGACGACUAAAAUGGAUGAUGUGGAGGGGGACCAAACCGGCAUAGCGGCUGUCUUUGUAAUGGGUCAUUGUGAAGAGGCGCCCCUGGAACAGCCAACAACCACAUUAGCACCUGCAGACGGUGGAAGUGGCCUGGCUUCUGAUGAUGAGCCGCCUGAGUUUGUGCCGGAGGCAGACCACCUUGCUAGGGCAAUCUUCCUCAGGGCGGGAAACGCAGUCGAGCAAUGCGCAUUCGAUGUCAGCGACGCUGAGAUCGAACAGCUCGAAGACACAACGUCCUGGCUAGAGGUGGACGUUCAGGAAAGUGACACGGUGUACAAGUCACUUCCAAAUGACCACAGCAUCAGGGUGCUCAUCGUGGAUCCUGGAUCGGCUGAAUCGAACCUUCAGACGCGUCUGGAAGUUGUGGACCUGGACAAAGAAGUCGGAUAUGAAGCAAUUUCCUACACAUGGGGGAACCCAAAAGAUCAAGUGUCGCUUCCAGUCGGCGGUCAGACCGUCUCGAUCCCAAAGAACCUUGAGAAUGCCCUGAAGAGGCUUCGAUACCCAGAUCGCAGGCGAUAUAUCUGGGCUGACGCCGUCUGUAUCAACCAGGCGGAUCUUUCUGAGCGGGGUCAACAAGUGUCGAUUAUGCGGAACAUUUACUCGAAAGCGCGGAGAGUCCUCGUCUGGCUUGGACAGGACAAGGCAAACUACGCAAAAUUGGCCUUCAGUAACAUUUGCGAAAUAGUUCGUUCCUGGCGCCCUCCGACCAACCCCCAAAAGUUUGCCAGCUACAAGGACGCGUUCGAGCCUCAGCAGAACGGGUUGCGUAUUGACGAGGACGGCUGGACGGCCCUCCAGGCCCUUUUCCAAACGGACUACUUUACUCGUUUUUGGGUGAUACAGGAGCUGGUCCUCGGACAGAACGUGACGGUAGUCUGGGGUGGCCAUACUAUCAACUGGGGCCUGGUCGGCAUCAGCGCGGCGUGGCUGCUGACCAGAGGAUGGGCAACAAACCCAGACUGGCCCAUCUCGGCUGCAUACAACGCGUUCCUCAUCUACGUCCUCCCGUUGGCCAGGCGAAGCGCCAUCUCGAGCUUCUCCAAGCUCGACCUGUCUGCCGUCCUGGCGACGACGAUGGGCAAGUUCAAGUCGACAGACCCGAGGGAUCGGAUAUUCGCCCUGCUUGGUAUGCCGUUCUCGGGCAACGAUCCUGAAAAAGAACAACUCGUGUCCCCAGACUACGCCGCGGACGUGCAAUCAGUCUAUACGAACGCCACGAGGCGCAUGCUUUCACAGGACCUGAACCUGAGGCUUCUGAGCGCCGUACAACACGGUCUUGAGGUUGACAGCAGCACGUCUCCUUCCUGGGUGCCGAGAUGGGACCAGUCCCUGUUCGCCGAGCCUCUGGCCCUCCGACAGGAGCAUGGGUACUACGCCAACGCUGGGGAAUUAUUCAUCCUCGGAGACGAUACUUUUGGAGCAGAAGGGAAGUCUCUCACGCUCACCGGCCUCGAGGUCACCACCGUGUCAGAAGUGACGGAGCCAUUCACCGCCAGCAACAUCUCUUUCUCGAGCCAGCCAGACAGCCUCAGGGACGCUGUGCUCAUCAUACUGUCUUACCUAAACGACCCAGACCGCCAGGUCCGCUCUUCCUGGAGCGCAACCAUGGAUAAAUUUACCCUGCCCGGUUUGAAUGACCCCGAGAGGCAGGCCGAGUUACUCUCAUCCGGCGGUGGGUUCAAGAUGGCGGCCACGACCGGCAUUCCCGGAAAGUACGGCAUGCGCAAGUCGACCGAGAUCCUGGAUGGCGAGAAGAUGAGUACCGACAAUUUGGGCGAGUUCCUUCUGUACUGGCGGGAGCGCUCCUCGUGGGACGCCGAGGCACUGCGGCACGACGACUUCAAGGACUUCUGGGCCGCCGUGGAGGCGGAAGGGAGCACUUACGCAAUGGAACGAGCAAUGUGCUCGAUGAACGCCUUCCUUGGGCGCAGGGUUUUCCGGUGCGAGGAUGGGAAACUCGGUCUUGGGCCUGCAGCGAUGAAACCCGGGGACGUGGUCGUUGUCCUGUUUGGCGGCAUCGUUCCGUAUAUUCUGAGGCCGCUGGAUGGUGAGGAAGACGAGAAAAAGUGGGUGUUGGUGGGUGAGUGUAUCGUGCCUACUAUAAUGCAAGGACAGGCGGUAGAGGAAGCCGGACUUUUGGCAAAAGGGACGUACGAGAGGGAGGCGGAUGGGACGCUGAGGUUGAACCCAGUGGAGCAAGAUGAGCAAGAUCCGCGGUUCCAUCGCGAGGUCGGAAAGAACGGCGUUAAGAGGUUCGAGAUCAGGUAGCCGACUCCCGGUAUCUAUUCUAGCAAUAUUGGAA